AUGCUAUAGGCUAAAUUGAAGUGGCCAAAUAAAUAGGAGUGCAAAAUAGGAGGAUUUGCAUGACAAACCUCCCAUUUUACAUGAAGUGGCCAGCCAUCAUGUUGUUGUAGACAAUAUGAGCACUUGAUAUCCAUAAUUCAUGAUACAAAUUGAUAAUGAGUUAGGUAAAUGUUCCAUGAUAAUGGAUUAGGUAAAUAUUCCAUGAUAAUGGGUUAGGUAAAUGUUCCAUGAUGGGCAUUUCAUGUCUUUUGUAUUAAAGAAUUAAAUGGAUGAAAUAUGAAAUUUUAUUAAAAGAAAAAGGGGUGAAAAGAACAAAGUUUUGUCCAUCUUUGUUCAUCAUAGCCUAAAGUUAGAGAAGAGAAAGGAGAGGAGAAAGCUCUUGAAUGUUCGGUCACUUGGGGAAAAAAAUUGAAGGUGGUUCGUGUGUGGAUUUCAUCAGCAUAUCGUCGCAAACAGAUUUGCGAGUGUGCGAAUGCUCGUGAGGUAAAUCGAUUAAUGUUUUUGGUAAGCUGCAAAAUUUGGACUGCAAAGUGCAUGAUUUCUGUGCCCUCGAUAUUUUUGGGCUUAAUGGGCCAAAAUUGGAAUGAUGGGCCAACGGGCCCAAUUCGGUAAGAACCCUCGGUAUGUGAUUCUGUAGUACGUGAAAGGUAGGAAUAUGUAUGAAAAACCCUAAAAUAGAUAAAUUACUGAAAUACCUUUAAAACUGGAAAAUUUACAGUUUUACCCUUAGUAGAUAAAUUACCGAAAUACCCCUAGGGUUAAAUUGACCUAAAUGCAUGUUUGACUGUUGUUAUUUACUGCAUGCCAUGUUGUUAUUAUCUCGAUGCAUGGGAUUGGGAUAUUGACGGAGGAAGUCUUGAAAGUGGUUUGUCCACGUCUUUGGAGGCUUUGCCUUAAUUCUUUGAUAAUCGAGCGACAAUCUUUGCAAUCGUGGAGUGUUAAAUGGGUGGGUUGAGCUAUUCCCACAUGGAGUGUAUGGCUGGUACGGUGGAGUGUAGUGGUUGGUGGGUUGAGUAAUCUCCCAAAUGGGCUUGCAUAUGUUCUUGAUGUUGCAUGUAUUUUGAAAUGGGCCUAUGGGCCAUCUUAUUAUCUGAAUAAGGGCUAAGGCCCGUUUAUUAUAAUCUGAAAAGGCUCGCCCAAUACCACUAUUACUGAAUGGGCUUAGGCCCAAUAGGCUUGAGUGACUUGGGCUUUGAAUGGGUUUCCCUUACAUCUGAGUUUCCCAAACUCACCUCUUUUAUUUUCAUCCACGCAGAAAUCCCCAACCAUAGUUGGCUUGGAGUCAUGAGGGAAUUGAGUGGCCACCGUUCGAAAGUUUGAUUUUCUUACGGUGAACUGGACAUCCUUUUAUUUACGUUUGAAGUUUUGGGUUUUAAAUGUAAUAAGGCCGCUUAAUUAUUUUUGAUGGUUUUAAUAUGUAUUACUAAGAUAGGUAUUACUUAUUUUAAGCUGUUGAAAUUGGAUAGCUUUAGGUGCGUUUUCAAAAACAACAAUUGAUUUCAAAAUAACACGACAACAAAUAAAGCUUCCGCAAUGAAAGUAUUUUCCAAAAUUAAUCACUUUUCCUAAAAUGACUUAAUCAAAUCGGUUUCCUAGAAAUAUCCAUGACGUUAAGGUGUGGCAAUGGCGGUAUGCAUGUCUAGGAUUGGAUCCGAAGAGCUUGGUACUUAAGCGGUCCGAUGGACUCACAACCUCUUUCCGAUUUCCUACACGGUGCACGACUUCCAUUCACUUUAACCUAUAAUGAAAUUAUCUUUAAAACACUAAGUAAGUUUUUCUGGACCAAUAAUAUAAAAUGUUUUGAACGCUUCGAUGUGGCAUGUCGGAUCCGGUCAUAACGUCUGGGCCAGGUUUGGGGUGUUACAAGUAGCCAGAGAAAUAAUAAGAGGAAUAUCUGAAAGUCUGGGGCUAGAAAAUAACUACAUUUAUGAAACCCUAAACCCUGAGAAUGGCCUGCAACUGAUUGCAGCAAACUUGUAUCCGCCAUGUCCACAGCCGGAGCUGGCAAUGGGGUUGCCUCCACAUUCGGACCAUGGUCUUUUGACCCUCUUAAUCCAAAACCAAAUAGGGGGACUUCAAGUGCAACACAAAGGCAAAUGGGUGAAUAUAGACCCUAUCCCCAAUUCAUUUCUAGCCAACAUUGGCGACCAUAUUGAGAUUUUGAGCAACGGAAAGUACAAAAGUGUCCUCCAUCGAGCUGUCGUGAACAACAGAGAUGUAAGGAUAUCUAUAGCAGUGCCCCACGGACCAGCAUUGGAUGCCAUUGUUAGCCCAGAUUCAAAGUUGGUGGAAAAUGUGGGGAAUCCACCAGCAUAUGGAGCUAUGAAAUAUAAGGAAUAUUUGGAGCUUCAACAAGGUACCAUGCUCAAUGGGAAAUCUUGCUUGGAACGUAUACGAAACAGAGUUUGAGUUGAUUUAAGUUAAGUGGCUGACUUCAUUUUAUGAGGAACCAACCACAACAACUGUAUUUCAUUUCACCACUUCUAAACUCCAAUAGCCGUAGGAAGAUGAGCUACUAUAACGUUUAAUAUUCACCAAA